UGUGUUCGAAGAUGUCGAUUUUUCGGUUCAAGGCAACCCAUCGUCACAAUCGUCGAUUCGAAACUCGGAUCCUGACGCUGUGUUUUUGGUAAACGGGGCCAGUAGAGGGAUAGGUUUGCAAUUUGUCAGUAAACUUCUGAGUGACACCAAGGGAAGAGUAAUUGCUGGUUGUAGAUCCCCUGAUGAUGCACCGAAGCUACAAGAUUUGUUAUCAACCCUCGAUAAAAAGUCGAGAAAUAGAGUAGAGGUGAUAAAACUUGACGUUGAAAAUCAAGAUUCCAUAGAACUAUCAGCUGCAGAAAUCAAAGUUCAAUAUGGUCGAGUUGAUCUUCUACUAAACGUGGCUGGUAUUUUAGGCGAUGGGAAGAACACUCCRGGUCCUGAAAGAAGUGUUGCCAAAAUAGAACGUGAAUGGAUGGAAAAGACGUUCCAAGUGAAUGUGAUUGGCCCCGUAAUGUUGGCGAAAGAACUAGCACCUCUAAUGACGCAGGCACGACGCACGGGACGGAGAAAAGCAGACAGCUCUGACGAAACUUUAUCAGAGAAGCAACGAGCAGUUGGGGUUGUUGCAAACUUGAGUGCUCGAGUAGGAUCUAUUUCUGAUAAUGGUCUUGGUGGAUGGUACUCGGUAAGUUUUUCAAAAACAGAGCUUGCGCUGGGAUUAAAUGACCGUGAAGUGUCGAUAUGGCUCACGAUUUUUUUUGGAAACGAUGCAUUUCCAUUGUAUUCUUCCCAUCUUGUACAGUACCGAAUGAGCAAGUCUGCACUGAACCAAGCAACAAGAACUUUAGCAAAUGAGUUGAAGCGGAAAUCAGUGUGGUGCAUCGCGCUUCAUCCCGGAACGACGGAUACAGACUUAUCAAAGCCAUUUCAAAAGAAUGUGCAAAAGGACCGGCUCUUUCCGGUCGAAUUUACCGUCGACAGUCUUAUGAAUGUAAUUGACUCAAUGGAGGAGCACAAUUCUGGUGGACUGUACGAUUGGGCGGGAAAGGCGAUUCCAUUUUGAUUGGACCGCCUACAAUUGAUCAUUAUGGAAGGAUACAAAACUCCAUACUCUUGCAUGUUUCAGAAGGUCAUUUGCAUGAGGAGUCUAUUCUUGGCAAUUUCCUCCCUAUUUGCGGUUGUUCGGCCCUGAAGGCGUCGAUUCUUUUUCCCGAGAUUAAUUCAGAUUUUCAAUUUUUUCGCAGCUUCCUCUCCAAUUUUCUUUACAGUAUCGACCCAAGUUUCUUCUUUCAGCAUCAAGAUUGGAUCCACUUCACAAAAUCGUCCCUCGGCAGCCCUCUGAAGAUACAUUGAUUUAUGCACGUUUCGAGCCUUCUCCUUCUCAGACGUUGAUUGUUCUUCGUGAUUUAUUGCUAACAUCUCUUGCUCAAACUCGAUYGAUGCGUUUAAAAGACGCGCAACAAGACCUGGCGUAGGGCAAACCAAAAAUUCCGAGCGGAUACUCAUUGYAUUUUUUUCGAGCUCCUCCUUCAACAUUGCGACAACCACUUCCUUGGGACUAGCCGUUGUAAUGUAUCCCUUUUCGAAUGCAGCUUCGGCUACCCUAUGAGCAUCGAACGAUUGUAAUGGUCGUUUUGUUGAGUGAUUUUCUCCAUCUUCAACCGUGGCCCUCAAUCUGUGACAAGUUUUCUCAGCGUCAGGGAGCAAUUCACAGACAAAAUCUGUGACUACGUCUUCUUGGUCGUGAAGGUUCAGGAUUCGCACGUCGUCAAAAUGCGGGGAAAACUUGUUGUAUGYAGAAAUAGUUAGGUGGUGGCCCCAGGCGUUGUUCGCAAAACCACCAUCAACACUCAAAUCGCCAUCUUCCUUUCUUUGCAGGUGGUAAUCUAGAAAAGAGAGAAACGAUGGGUGGGCUCUGCCACGCCCUUGCGCCGGCCACUUUUGAUCGAGUUUGGCGUUUUGCUUGUGGGUCUGAUAAUAGAAAGAUCGGAUCCAAUCAAAGUAAUGCCUGUAUCCGAUGAUAACUUUCACAUUCCAUCCAUGUAGCAUAGAACGGAGGCAAUCCCACGUAGAAUUUUGAUCCUUCAAAUGAUUUGCAAAUGCUUCGUUGCUAUAGAUGACGUUAUUUCCAUUGAGACGGUGGUAGUCCAUCCGUGCUUUCAGUGCUACAUAUCCACGGCCUGUUGUGCUUGCGUCGUUGAGUCCCAUCAUCAGGUAGUGUCCUGGAAUGUUUGUCUCGUUGUUUUCCAUCCGUUUUCCCGACCCAGGACAGGUCUUUCCGACGAAAUAAUAAGAAUCCUCGUCU